UAUGGAAGGUGGAUAUUAUCAAACAAUGUUCUUUAUUUGGGUAUUUACUUUUAUGUUAGUGUUUUAUGAAGGUUUGUCAACACCAGCUGCUCCAAAACGAACUGAAGUAAAACGCGAUCAUUGCAACAAGACUGUUGACAUUUAUGAAGAUGUAUCAAGCCCAGAAGUAACAUUAGACAAUAUUGGUAAACCAAUGACAUGUUGGUAUCGAUUUCGUUCAUUUCGUGGCACACCACGUGACUGGAUAUUACGAAUUCGUUUUAAAAAGUUUAAAGUUGGCACAUUGAUAAAUGCGACACACUGUCAUAUGGGAUAUAUGCAGAUGGGAGAAGUAGAGGACAUAAGUUAG